GAGAUAGCAGAUACCCUAAGAAAGGAGGGGUCGUCAUAUCUUUAUCGUCGUCGUUAUCAUUGUUGUCGUCUUGAGUCUCUUCGAGAGUGCCUGGUACACUUUGUUUAAUCGGUGCUCUUGGAACUGUCGAUGUAAAUAAGAUGCCAUUACGAUAAUUCAGUGAUUCAGUGUGUUCAAGCGAUUAUACGCACUGCCAGCCUGGUGUAACAAGGACUUCCUCUCAGAGUUGAGAAAAAGUAACAAUAAGGACAAUAGAUUUAAAAAAGACCAAGAGAGAGAGAGAGAGAGGGAGAGAGAGAACUGAACGAUAUUAAAAACCCGUGUAUCUAUCUUUUAUUUUCAUAAGAAAGAAAAUUAAAAGUUCGGUUACAUCACCCGAUACUCAUUGGAUCGGUCUUCUUGAGCUUUAACGUAAAGGCAUUCUUGUAGCUUGUUAUGUGGUUGGAUUGUGUUGCAACCCAAGUGGCCUAAGAGAAUAAAUAUCCUUUAAAUAAAUAGAGUUCCAAUAUUUAUUACGUUGAAACCUGAGAGUCUAUCAGAUUCUUCGUGCAGAUUGAUAUAGAAUAGAAGGUAACGCAAAGUUAAAGAAAAUGGCGAGCUCCUCCAGGAAAAGAGUAUUGGUAGGUUGCACUGGUAGUGUGGCUACGAUCAAGUUGCCUCAGCUAGUGGAAAUGCUACGACAGAAUAAUCUGGAGGUGAGAGUAGUUGUGACGGAGAGAGCCAAACAUUUCCUGAAGGAUGCUCAGCUGCCAUCCGAUAUCCAGGUCUUAUCCGACACAGUAGAGUGGGCUGCCUGGCAAGAUCGUGGUGAUCCGGUGCUGCACAUAGAUCUGGUGAAAUGGGCGGAUGUAUUCGUGAUAGCGCCAUUGGAUGCUAACACUCUGGGCAAGAUUGCCAGUGGCAUAUGCGACAAUAUUGUUACCUGCGUGGCACGCGCAUGGGAUCCUUCAAAGCCACUCCUCUUCUGCCCAGCAAUGAACACCAGGAUGUGGGAACACCCAGUUACAAUGCCUCAAGUAUCGCUGCUCAAAUCCUGGGGCUAUAAAGAAGUGCACUGCGUAUCCAAGACGUUGAUGUGUGGUGACGUGGGCAUGGGCGCAAUGGCUGAAGUAGACACGAUUGUGCGGUUCACUCUGCGAGCCUUGAAUCCCUGGAUGGAUCAGUCGGAUUUGUGUCCCUAGCAGCGGCUGAGAUCGGCCUCCUCGUGUGAGCCUCGUCGACGACCUCGCGAGUAUCGAUGAAGCUCUGUCACGUCGAGAGCGCGAUUUUUAAAGAGAUUUCCAAAGACGCGCUAUGGUGCGAUUCGAACAUACGCUUAAUAAAAUAUACGCCAAUAUCGCUUAUCUCUAACAAAAAAUUGGGACGAGCCUAAGGCCCCAAUCUGUUGGGCCGCAUAUGGAUUAUAUAAUCAAGAGUUUACGUUUAUCAAUGAAAUAUCUAUAAUUUUUUUGUUAUAUUGUUCAUCGAGAAUUUUAUUCUUUUGCUCUUGUAGGAUGAACUAUCACAUUAUCGUGAAAUCAUUGUUAGUUAGAACCUAAGCUACGCAAAAUAGCGAAAUUUGAACGCAUCAUGGUCGUCAUAUCCUUUGCUCAACCUGAAAUAAAUCAACCGUGAGGAACAAACGAAAUAAUCAUAUUUCAUCUGUCCAGUUGGCGUAAUGCGAUGUAUAAUAAUGCUGUAAAGAGAAAGAAAAAAUUCUGUUGACAUAUCCUAAAGUUGAUCCGCUGGAAUGUACAAUGCUUUUGUUAAAUAUAUGAACAAUAUACAUAUAAA